AUGUCAUCCUACGCGCAUCUCUAUCCCAAGCUAGAUCCAGCUGAUGAGGAGCAAGCGGCCGCACAAGCAUGCCACUGGCGGCCUCUGGGCACGUCAGCAUCGAGCGAGACGGAGUACGAGCGCAAGGCGAUUGGAUCAGAGACGUUCACCUUCAUCUCUCGCGCCGCGGAUCCCAAGCAUCACUGCAGCACCAUCACUUGUUCAGCUGCCGUCUCCCUUCGUCAGAAAGAUGACAACUUGACAUCCGGAUACGACGAAAGAGUAUGGAAGCAGAUUUUUAGAGCAGCUUGGAUCGACGUAGCUCUCCGAUUGCCUUUUGCGCUGCUUGCCAGACAGGACAGGCCUGAUCAGCUCAAGAUCCGCUUGCCAUCCAGGGUGCAAGAGAUAGAGCAGUGGGCGGACGACACCGUCUCAUUUGAGAAGGCCGAUCACACACAGCAGGCUAAUAUGGAUGCGCUCCUUCAUACCAAAGAGGUCUUGGGCUGUCUUGAAUUUCCAACGUCUCUAGGCAACGAAGCAAAGCUCCACGUCCUGCCAGCCAACGAGCCUCUUUGCUUCAUUGUGGCUCUUCAAAUUUCCCAUUCUUUGACGGACGGCAGUGGUGCUUUGGCGAUAUUGAAGCUCAUCUUGCAGCACGUAGUCAAUUUUGAUGGUAACACUCCCGCACAAAUCGACCUACCGCCAGUGUCCGUACUCGCUUCUCGUCUGCUUCCUGGGUUCUCAGCUCUAGUUCGCGAGGAUGCGCGACCAAAGCCGGAGCAGUACGAAUCGAUCACGAUGCAGCAAGUGUGCAAGAUGACCGGAGCCGGAUUUCACGCAUUCAAACUGCAUUUUGACCGACCUUUUCCGCCUUCGGAGUGGGGCGCCACUCUGAACGUGGUAGAGCAACUGAGCGAGGAUCUGACAAGAAAAAUCAACGCCUUUGCCAAGAUGCACAAUCUCAACGUCAGCUUCUUGAUUCAUGCAGCGUGGGGCCUGACAAAUGCAAGGCAGAAUACGCAGGAAAUGAGGAGCGAUACCACGAUGGCUGGGUUCGUUGCCAUCAACAGCAGACGAGCAUUUCCCUUAGAGCUGCAAGACCCAACGGUCAGCGCACAAGGCUGCGUAUCGCCCGUAUCGAUCUGCAUACCCAUUGGCGCGGCCACAGCAGAUUUUGCUGAUCCGACUGAAAGACUUUUGAUGUUGUCCAAGUACUUGGCGGACGAAUUCAAGGGGGUGGAGAAGCAGCGUGGGACAAUGGCUUUCUUGUCUGAGCGCUGGAUGCAGCGCCUAAUUGCUGCUCAUCCUGCAGGAGAGGCACCAGCUCCAGUGCAACAUCCCAUCCUCGUGGCAGAUGGCAAAUACGACCGCAUCCUACCUCCUAUUUUGCGCUCAAAGAAAGCGUUGGAAGUAGAAUUGCACACCGAAGCGAUUUUGAUGGGCAUAGACCAUGGUGGUCCAGUCAACGUCACGCCCAUCGGGUGUAGAUGGUGGAGUUUCCGCGAUCAACUACACUUCGGAGCGGACUUCAGCGAGGGAAACUUCGAAAAGCGACAGGUGCAGAAAUAUUUGAGCGAUUGGAAGAAGAUCUUGGAGGAGGUCGUCUAG